GGCCUCAGUCACUGCCGAACCUUCUUCGCGUUCACACACUCAGUUGGACCCGUCGUGUCUUGUGCGCCGUGUCUCUCCCGCCCAGUGUACAGGUAUAGAUCAGUGUUAUCCGCUUAAGUAUGGCGAGCAGGGAAGACGCUAGCUGACCUGUGCUGUGCGAUGCGAUGGCUGUAGCCGGGCCGACGACCAGGACGGCUAGAAGCAGCAUGUCACUCAUGCAAGGUUCUGCACAAGCAUCCUUCUACCACCAUCACCAGCCCCCGCCUUCGUCACAAGACCUACAGCCUGAUAGGCCCAUUGGAUACGGAGCCUUCGGAGUUGUUUGGCAGCGGAAUGUGGAUCGGUUUCACGACUCCUUGAAUUUAGGUUGUGAUUGA